AAGCGAAAGAGAGAGAGAAAGAAAGUGGGAGAGAGAGAGAGAGAGAGAGAGAGAGAGAGAGAGGUUUCUUCUUCUUCCUGUAUAUUUCCUUUUGUUCAAAAAACAAACAUUUGGUUCUAGAAAUACCGUCCACGCUCUUUCCUUUCCUUUCCUCUCCCCCUCUGUUUUCAAAUCGUUGAAAUUUGAAUAUUCGAUCUCUCUCCACGCCAUCAGAUCUCGUCAAAUUCUAGGGUCUUUCAAAUUAUUUCGAUCUGUUUAGGCUCUUUUAGUUCGUUUGGUUCUCCGGAUCUUUGACGUUUAGUUUGUUGGAAGUGAAAUGGAGGCGAUCGAGGAGUUGGAGCAGCUAUCUGAGUCCAUGAGACAAGCGGCGGCUUUGCUUGCUGAUGAAGAUGUUGACGAAAAUCAAAGCUCCUCUUCUAAACGGAAUUCUACUUUUCUAAAUGUUGUUGCGCUUGGCAAUGUUGGUGCUGGUAAAUCUGCAGUUUUAAACAGCUUAAUCGGACAUCCUGUUCUGCCAACUGGUGAAAAUGGUGCUACCCGGGCUCCUAUAAGCAUUGACUUACGGAGGGAUAGUUCUGUGAGCAGCAAAUCAAUUAUUUUGCAAAUUGACAAUAAAUCCCAGCCAGUUUCUGCAAGUGCAUUACGGCAUUCUUUACAAGAAAGGCUGAGUAAAGGAUCCUCAGGCAAGAGCCGGGAUGAAAUAUAUUUGAGACUACGGACAAGUACAGCGCCUCCCCUGAAAUUGAUAGACUUACCUGGCUUGGACCAAAGGAUCAUGGAUGAGUCUAUGGUUAGUGAUUACGCUCAGCACAAUGAUGCGAUUUUGCUAGUUAUCAUUCCUGCAGCCCAAGCGACUGAAAUUGCAAAUUCUCGGGCCCUCAGGGUUGCCAAGGAAUAUGAUGGAGAAGGUACCAGAACUGUUGGUGUAAUUAGUAAAAUAGAUCAAUCUGCUUCAGAUCAGAAAGCUCUUGCAGCUGUUCAGGCUCUACUGUUAAAUCAGGGACCAUCAAAAACUGCUGAUAUCCCAUGGGUCGCUCUAAUUGGUCAGUCAGUUUCAAUAGCUUCUACACAAUCUGGAUCUGACAGCUCUUUGGAAACUGCAUGGAAAGCGGAGAGUGAAAGUCUUAAAUCUAUACUGACUGGUGCCCCUCAAAGCAAGCUAGGCAGAAUAUCUUUGGUGGAUGCUUUGGCGCAGCAGAUUCGCAAGCGAAUGAAAGUUAGGCUUCCGAACCUCCUUUCUGGGUUGCAAGGGAAGUCUCAGAUAGUUCAAGAUGAAUUAGUAAGGCUUGGGGAGCAGAUGGUUGAAAGUGCCGAGGGAACAAGAGCUAUUGCAUUAGAACUUUGCCGUGAAUUUGAGGAUAAAUUUCUCUUGCACAUUACAACUGGUGAGGGUGCUGGUUGGAAAAUUGUUUCUAGUUUUGAGGGAAAUUUUCCUAAUAGGAUCAAGCAGCUCCCUUUGGACAGGCAUUUUGAUAUCACUAAUGUCAAGAGGAUUGUAUUAGAAGCAGAUGGUUAUCAGCCAUAUCUAAUCUCCCCAGAAAAGGGUUUGAGAUCCUUAAUAAAGGGUGUUCUGGAGCUUGCUAAAGAACCAUCCCGUCUUUGCGUAGAUGAGGUACAUCGGGUCCUGGUAGAGAUAGUUUCUGCUACAGCAAAUGGCACACCAGGACUAGGAAGAUAUCCUUCGUUCAAGAGAGAGGUCAUAGCUAUUGCAACUGCUGCACUAGAGGGGUUUAAGAAUGAAGCAAAAAAGAUGGUUGUUGCACUAGUAGAUAUGGAGCGGGCAUUUGUACCUCCCCAACACUUCAUCCGUUUGGUGCAAAGGAGGAUGGAAAGACAGCGACGAGAGGAGGAGCUUAAGAACCGAUCUUCUAAAAAAGGACAGGAUGCUGAGCAAGCUAUGCUGAAUAGGGCAACUAGUCCUCAAACAGGAGGUCAGCAAACAGGGGGGAGUUUGAAAUCAAUGAAAGAGAAAUCUAAUCAGGCAGAAAAAGAAGUGCAAGAGGCUUCUGGUUUGAAGACUGCAGGUCCUGAAGGAGAAAUAACAGCAGGUUUUUUGCUAAAGAAAAAUGUAAAAAAGGAUGGAUGGGGCAAGCGUUGGUUUGUUUUGAAUGAAAAGACUGGGAAGCUUGGUUACACGAAAAAGCAAGAGGAGAGGCAUUUUCGUGGCGUCAUCACUUUGGAGGAAUGCACUAUUGAAGAGGUUCCUGAUGAGGAAGGACCACCUCCCUCAAAGAGUUCGAAGGAUAAAAAGGCCAACGGACCAGAUUCUAAAUCUUCCAGUCUUGUGUUCAAGAUAACUAGCAAGGUUGCAUAUAAAACUGUUCUGAAAGCCCACAGUGCUGUUGUCUUGAAGGCUGAGACGGUGGCUGACAAGGUUGAAUGGAUAAACAAGAUGUCAAAAAUUGCUCAAGUUUCAAGAGGACAAACAAGGAAUGCAUCUCCUGAAGGUGGUCAUACCAUGCGGCAGAGUCUUUCUGAUGGUUCUUUAGAUACAAUGGUUCGGAGACCUGCAGACCCUGAGGAAGAGCUCAGAUGGAUGUCUCAGGAAGUGCGUGGUUAUGUUGAAGCAGUCUUGAAUAGCUUGGCUGCUAAUGUUCCCAAAGCUGUUGUUCUUUGCCAAGUUGAGAAGGCCAAGGAAGAUAUGCUAAAUCAGUUGUAUAGCUCUGUCAGUGCUCAAAGCACGGCGAGGAUUGAAGAGCUACUUCAAGAGGAUCAGAAUGUAAAACGCAGGAGAGAGCGCUACCAGAAACAGUCCUCUCUGCUCUCUAAGUUAACACGCCAACAGAUUCAUGACAACCGGGCAGCUGCUGCUUCUAAUUGGUCGAAUGGUAGUGCAGAAAGCAGCCCCAAGUCAAAUGGUCCAUCAGGUGAUGACUGGAGAACAGCAUUUGAUGCAGCUGCAAAUGGUUCUGUGGACUAUGGUUCGUCCAGGUCUACAUCUAAUGGCCGCAGUCGGCAUCACAAUGAUUCAGCACAGAAUGGCGAUUUAAGCAAUGGUUCAAACUCAGGCAGCCGGCGUACUCCUAAUCGAUUGCCACCUGCACCACCAGGAUCUUCAGGCUACAGAUAUUAAUAGUGGCCUGACUGAUGAUAGACAAUUCAUACACUGAAUUUUUGGUGGGUGAGAUUCUGCAAAGCCCAUCUUACUAUUUGAUAAUUUGGUUGUUCAAAAUUCUGUUUUAGAAUCUGUAGGGGAGGAGAGAGGGUGGUUGUGUACAUAAGACUACAGUUGCUCAAUAUCAGUUUUUUUGCGGCUUGCCUUAGAACAACUGAUUCAAGGUGUUCUUGAAAUCAAUUGGUAUAUUUUAUACACACUAUGAUCUUUUUGUUCCUAUUUUAGAGUUUUUUCUUUUUCUUUUA